AUGUCCCAAGACUCUACCUCCAGUACUUAUCGUCGUCCAAUUUUCUCUGGCCAAGUUGCAAUGGCUUAUGCAGUCAGAACAUUACUUUCUUGGCAUACAUUGACAAUGUCGCUUAAAUGUCUUUUUGCAAUCUUUCUGGCGAGCAAUGCAUAUCCAACGCUGCAAAAAGAUGGCACAGCAAAUUACAACGUAAAAACGGAAUCAGAAUUACAUCCCAUUCCUCUACCAGUAUUUCCCGAAACUUCGUCACUUCCUGAACCUGAAACUUUAACACACAUGAAAGUUCCAGAUGACUCAGAACGUUAUCCUAGUUUUCCACCCUUAUUUCCUGAAACUUCGUCACCUCCUGAACCUGAAACUUCAACACACAUGAAAGUUCCAGAUGACUCAGAACGUUAUCCUAGUUUUCCACCCUUAUUUCCUGAAACUUCGUCACCUCCUGAACCUGAAACUUCAACACACAUGAAAGUUCCAGAUGACUCAGAACGUUAUCCUAUUUUUCCACCCUUAUUUCCUGAAACUUCGUCACCUCCUGAACCUGAAACUUCAACACACAUGAAAGUUCCAGAUGACUCAGAACGUUAUCCUAGUUUUCCACCCUUAUUUCCUGAAACUUCGUCACCUCCUGAACCUGAAACUUCAACACACAUGAAAGUUCCAGAUGACUCAGAACGUUAUCCUAGUUUUCCACCCUUAUUUCCUGAAACUUCGUCAUCACCUGAACCUGAAACCUCGUCACAAAUGAAAUUACCAAGUGAUUCAGAAAGUCAUCAUAUUCCUUCACUGAUGUUUCCUGAAACUUCGUCAUCACCCGAACCUGAAACCUCGUCACAAAUGAAAUUACCAAGUGAUUCAGAACGUCAUCAUAUUCCUUCACUGAUAUUUCCUGAAACUUCGUCAUCACCUGAACCUGAAACCUCGUCACAAAUGAAAUUACCAAGUGAUUCAGAACGUCAUCAUAUUCCUUCACUGAUAUUUCCUGAAACUUCAUCAUCACCUGAACCUGAAACCUCGUCACAAAUGAAAUUACCAAGUGAUUCAGAACGUCAUCAUAUUCCUUCAUUGGUAUUUCCUACAACUUCGUCAUCACCUGAACCUGAAACCUCGUCACAAAUGAAAUUACCAAGUGAUUCAGAACGUCAUCAUAUUCCUUCAUUGGUAUUUCCUACAACUUCGUCAUCACCUGAACCUGAAACCUCGUCACAAAUGAAAUUACCAAGUGAUUCAGAACGUCAUCAUAUUCCUUCAUUGGUAUUUCCUACAACUUCGUCAUCACCUGAACCUGAAACCUCGUCACAAAUGAAAUUACCAAGUGAUUCAGAACGUCAUCAUAUUCCUUCAUUGGUAUUUCCUACAACUUCAUCAUCACCUGAACCUGAAACCUCGUCACAAAUGAAAUUACCAAGUGAUUCAGAACGUCAUCAUAUUCCUUCACUGAUAUUUCCUGAAACUUCAUCAUCACCUGAACCUGAAACCUCGUCACAAAUGAAAUUACCAAGUGAUUCAGAACGUCAUCAUAUUCCUUCAUUGGUAUUUCCUACAACUUCGUCAUCACCUGAACCUGAAACCUCGUCACAAAUGAAAUUACCAAGUGAUUCAGAACGUCAUCAUAUUCCUUCAUUGGUAUUUCCUACAACUUCGUCAUCACCUGAACCUGAAACCUCGUCACAAAUGAAAUUACCAAGUGAUUCAGAACGUCAUCAUAUUCCUUCAUUGGUAUUUCCUACAACUUCGUCAUCACCUGAACCUGAAACCUCGUCACAAAUGAAAUUACCAAGUGAUUCAGAACGUCAUCAUAUUCCUUCACUGAUAUUUCCUGAAGCUUCGUCAUCACCUGAACCUGAAACCUCGUCACAAAUGAAAUUACCAAGUGAUUCAGAACGUCAUCAUAUUCCUUCAUUGGUAUUUCCUACAACUUCGUCAUCACCUGAACCUGAAACCUCGUCACAAAUGAAAUUACCAAGUGAUUCAGAACGUCAUCAUAUUCCUUCAUUGGUAUUUCCUACAACUUCGUCAUCACCUGAACCUGAAACCUCGUCACAAAUGAAAUUACCAAGUGAUUCAGAACGUCAUCAUAUUCCUUCAUUGGUAUUUCCUACAACUUCGUCAUCACCUGAACCUGAAACCUCGUCACAAAUGAAAUUACCAAGUGAUUCAGAACGUCAUCAUAUUCCUUCACUGAUAUUUCCUGAAGCUUCGUCAUCACCUGAACCUGAAACAUCGACACAUUUACCCGUCCCAAAUGACAGCAUGAAAACGGAAUCAAAAAGUCAUUUUAGUCCUUCAACGGUAUUUGCUAUAACUUCCUCAUCUCCUGUUCCGCAAACUCCAGCCAUUUGUGUCCAAAUCUGCAAGUUGUUACAGUUUCUACUAAAAUUUAUCACCGUAAUGCAAUCCGGAAGCAUUGACGACUAUUGCCGAAUUCACAAGUUUCAGUGA